CUGAUGGAGAGGAAAACGUCAUAUUAUGGUCCUGAGUGCAGGAGGUUCAGAUGGAGGUGGAGAAGGUGAAGGAUGUUCAGUCCCUCCUCCCUCUCCUCUCCCCUGGCCGAAGCCAAACCCUCCCUCACCUCGACACGGUGCGCAUCCCGGGUCCCUGCUUCACCCUCCCACCUCAGUGACAGUCUCUCAUCACGGGGCCAACGUUAAACCCAAAACCCCUCACCAUGACCUCGAAGAACGCAGCAGCGAGGACGUCUCCACCAGAAACCUAUUUAUAACGCCAACUUGAAAAGGGCCUCUCUCAACAAUUUAGGCUACUUCUCUUCUGGGUUCUUCACUUCCUCUUGUUUCCCUCUGCAGCCAAUCCCAUGGGCCAUAGCAGAAGGACGCCGGCUGAGUGGAGAUGUUCAGAAAGAGGCCUCCUCCAGAAAGAAUGACCUCAGUGUUUCUGCGGCAGGAGGGAGAGAAACAGAGCAAAUGAUGGACCAAGUGUGUGCGUGCGUGUGUUUCUGUUUGGGGAGGCGAGAGAGGGAGCAACGGAGAAGCAGGGAUGGGACGGUGCGGCGCGCGGUUAAUCCAACUUGACUGAAGUUGGGACCGGAUCUUCGUCCUUGCGGAGAUGCGGCGGUCAUUGAAACAACGCACAUCUAACAAGAAUUUAGACGGUGACUGUUAGAAAAGCCAAGAUGACAGUGCCAAAAGACAUCCCCGAGAAAUGGUUUCCACUCGUUCUUCUCCUGAAAAGAAACAAACAAAAAGGACUAAAUGGAGCCACAUCGAAAAAGAAGAGGGCAGAGGAGGAGAGAAGGCUCAGAGGCAAUGACAGAGAGUACAACGAAAAGUUUCAGUAUGCGAGUAACUGCAUUAUGACAUCCAAGUACAACAUCGUCACCUUUCUGCCUGUCAACUUGUUCGAGCAGUUCCAGGAAGUAGCCAACACCUACUUCCUUUUCCUACUCAUACUGCAGUUAAUACCUCAGAUCUCCUCCCUCUCCUGGUUCACUACCAUCGUGCCUUUAGCUCUGGUGCUGAGCAUCACCGCAGUAAAGGAUGCCACAGACGACUACUUUCGUCACAAGAGCGACAACCAAGUGAACAACCGUCAGUCUCAGGUCCUCAUCCGUGGCUCGCUACAGAAUGAAAAGUGGAUGAACGUUCGAGUGGGUGAUAUCAUUAAACUGGAAAACAACCAGUUUGUGGCAGCUGACCUGCUGCUGUUGUCCAGCAGCGAACCUCACGGACUCUGUUAUAUCGAGACAGCUGAGCUGGACGGAGAGUCCAAUAUGAAGGUCCGUCAGUCUGUCUCAGUGACCUCUGAACUUGGAGAUCCGAACAACUUGGCUUCGUUCGUCGGUGAGGUGGUGUGUGAGCCCCCCAACAACAAGCUGGAUCGUUUCUGUGGGACUCUGUACUGGAGAGACAAGAAAUACACUCUGUCCAACCAGAACAUGCUGCUACGAGGAUGUGUCCUCCGCAACACGGAGGCCUGCUACGGCCUCGUCAUCUUCGCAGGCCCAGAUACCAAGCUAAUGCAGAACAGCGGUCGCACCAAGUUUAAGCGUACGAGCAUCGAUCGCCUGAUGAACACUCUGGUCCUCUGGAUCUUUGGCUUCCUGGUGUGUAUGGGUGUGAUCCUCGCUGUGGGUAACGCAGUGUGGGAGAGAGAGGUGGGCUCCUUGUUUCAGAGCUAUCUGCCCUGGGACCCUCCUGUGGACAACUUCCUGUUCUCAGCCUUCCUGUCCUUCUGGUCCUACGUCAUCAUUCUCAAUACUGUGGUGCCUAUCUCUCUGUAUGUCAGUGUGGAGGUGAUCAGGCUGGGGCACAGCUACUUCAUUAACUGGGACCAGCAGAUGUUCUGCUCACAGUGUAACACAGCAGCCGAGGCCAGGACGACCACUCUGAACGAGGAGCUGGGCCAGGUUGAAUACAUCUUCAGUGACAAGACUGGAACUCUCACUCAGAACAUCAUGAGCUUCAAUAAGUGCUCCAUCAAUGGACAGACUUACGGUGAAGGAACUGACCCAUUGGGACCUCAGCCAAAGAGAUUGGACUUCACUCCCUUCAACCCUCUGGCGGACCCGGCCUUCUGUUUCUAUGACGACACCCUGCUGGAAUCAGUGAAAGUGGGAGACGCACACACUCACAAGUUUUUCCGCCUGCUCUCCCUCUGUCACACCGUCAUGAGUGAGGAGAAGAGUGAGGGAGAGCUGCUCUAUAAGGCUCAGUCUCCAGAUGAGGGCGCUCUAGUGACGGCGGCUCGGAACUUCGGCUUUGUGUUUCGCUCCCGAACACCUGGGACUAUAACCACCACAGAGAUGGGACGAUCUGUCACCUACACUCUGCUCGCCAUACUGGACUUCAACAACAUACGCAAGAGGAUGUCAGUUAUAGUACGUAACCCAGAGGGCAGGAUCUGUCUGUACUGUAAAGGAGCUGACACUAUGCUGCUGGAGAGACUCCACCCCUGUAACCAGGAACUGAUGAAUAUCACCUCGGACCACCUCAAUGAGUAUGCAGCAGAUGGUUUGCGGACGCUGGCGCUGGCCUACAGGGACCUGUCGGAGGACGAGUGGGAGGCGUGGUCAGAGAGGCACCGCUGCGCUGCCAAGGCUGCCAGCUGCAGAGAGGACCGACUGGCAGCCGCUUAUGAGCAGAUAGAGCAAGACAUGAUGCUCCUCGGGGCCACAGCUAUAGAGGACAAGCUGCAAGAAGGCGUCCCAGAGACCAUCGCUGUCCUCUCUCUGGCUAACAUUAAGAUCUGGGUUCUCACUGGAGACAAGCAGGAGACUGCCGUCAAUAUAGGUUACUCCUGCAAGAUGCUGACAGACGAUAUGACCGAGGUGUUCAUCAUCAGUGGACACACCGUCCAGAGCGUACGGCAGGAGCUCAGGAGGGCGAGGGAAAAGAUGAUCGAGCUGUCAAGAACCAGAGAUGGAGGGAAGGAGGAGGGGAUGGAGGGGUGUUUCAUGGGUAACGGUUUCAGAGAAGGACAAGGAGGAGAUGGUACAGGAGGAGGAGGGAAACAGCUGCAGAGCCCUUCACCUCCUCCACCUCCAUCCAACCUCAUGGACAACGUCUCUGGAGAGUUUGCCCUCGUAAUCAACGGCCACAGUCUGGCUCACGCACUAGAAGCAGACAUGGAGACGGAGUUUGUCUCGACAGCGUGCGCAUGCAAAGCAGUGAUCUGCUGCAGAGUCACCCCACUGCAAAAAGCUCAGGUGGUGGAGCUCAUCAAGAAGCACAAGAAAGCCGUCACCCUGGCUAUAGGAGACGGAGCUAACGACGUUAGCAUGAUCAAAAGUGCUCAUAUCGGAGUUGGUAUCUCAGGUCAGGAGGGGAUCCAGGCCGUGCUGGCCAGUGACUACUCCUUUUCCCAGUUCCGCUUCCUACAGCGCCUCCUGCUGGUGCACGGCCGCUGGUCCUACCUGCGUAUGUGCCGUUUCCUCUGCUAUUUCUUCUACAAGAACUUUGCCUUCACCAUGGUGCACUUCUGGUUCGGCUUCUUCUGUGGCUUCUCGGCACAGACGGUGUAUGAUCAGUACUUCAUCACUCUCUACAACAUUGUGUACACCUCCCUCCCUGUGCUGGCCAUGGGGAUAUUUGACCAGGACGUUCCUGACCAGAGGAGUCUGGAGUAUCCUAAAUUGUACGAGCCCGGGCAGCUCAACCUCCUCUUCAACAAGAGAGAGUUCUUCAUCUGUAUCGCCCAGGGCAUCUACACAUCAGUAGUGCUGUUUUUUGUCCCCCGUGCCGUCCUUUCCGAAGCCACUCAGAGCACCGGUGUGCCCCUCGCUGACUACCAGACCUUUGCGGUCACCACGGCGACAGCCCUGGUCAUUGUGGUCAGCGUACAGAUCGCUCUCGACACAGGCUUCUGGACUGUUAUCAACCACGUGUUAUUGUGGGGCUCGCUGGGCUGCUACUUCACCAUCAUGUUCGCUCUGCACAGCCAGACCCUCUUCAGGAUCUUUCCCAAUCAGUUCCACUUUGUAGGUAGUGCCCAGAGCACGUUGUUGCAACCAGUCGUGUGGUUAACUAUUGCGCUGGCGACAGCAAUAUGCAUAGUUCCAGUUUUGGCAUUCCGCUUCCUUAAGGUGGACCUCAAACCUCAGCUCUCAGACACGGUGCGCUACACUCAGCUGGUGCGUCAGAAGAAGCGAAAGCCGCUAGGUCGUAGCGUGGGAGGUGCCUGGCGUGGGGUGGGCAGUGUGUCAGAGGGCCGUCUGGGUGCUCGCGGCAGUUCCAGGAGGUCCGGCUACGCCUUUGCCCACCAGGAAGGAUUUGGAGAGCUGAUCACCUCAGGAAAGAACAUGAGGCUCUCGUCUCUGGCUAUGGCCACCUUUGCCUCCAGACACAGCUCCAGCUGGAUCGACACUCUCCGCAGGAAGAAACACACUCCCCCGAGCGCCUCUGGGGAGUGCAGCCCAGCACCCAGUUGUGUCUCUGGGUCACUCCCGCCGCUCUCAAACUCCUCCUCCGUUCUGGGCGGCUCACAAGAUACACCCAUCGAAGAGGAGACAGGUGCAGCCCAAAAUACACAGACUGUGUCCGCUUCAUCCACACAAACUCCACCAGCUUCAGCAGCAGCUUCAGAAGCAGCUGCACCUCAGUGUUCAGCCCAGACUGUCCAUGCUGGCGUCCUCACCCCCGCAGCAGUGAGGUCCCAUGGAGGAGACUCACCUGGAGGCUGGAUGAUUAGUCUGGGCGCCGUGCAGGAAGCUCUGUUGCGUUGGACGGCUCGCUCCUCUGCAUCCAACAGCCCAGUGAAACAUUCAGAAUAAAUGGAGGAAUACCUUGUUCACUGCUGUCCAUCACAUGUUUGCACACACAUACAGGAUGUGUUUGUUCCUGGAGAGAUACUGAUUAAAAAAAAGCUUACAACUGUAGCUUCUACAAUAAAUCAAACAAAUCCAAAUCACAGGAAGAUGCGACACAUCCUAAAGACAUGGACUUUGUCUACUAUGAAUUGGAAUGUAAUGAUGAUAUACAUGUUCCCACAGCAUAUGAUAACUUUGUUCAUGUGAAUUGAGAUUGAGUUCAUGAGAUUUACAUUAUUCAACUGAAGGAAAGCAGCUGGUGCGGAAACAGAUAACGUGCUAUUAAUGUAUGCUAUGAUCCAAAAGAUUGUUUCCACUUGUUAUUUCAAGUUUAGCCUCACUCACAACCCAGUCACGCAGCAUCUCUCUAAAUCAACAAUGGGUUGAAUAAAUGAGCAGAAAAACAAGACUUUCAAUCAGUGAAGUGCAGGCUUUAUUAUCUGUAGUAGUGUUUUUGUUUUAAAAAAAUGUCCUCCAGCUUUGGGUUCACUAUAGUUCUCAGUGAGAACGGUACUUUACGUUACAGGACACUGCAAGACUGUUGCAAGACUUGUGUCUCUUUUCUCCCAUUGAUCUUUUUUCUUACUUGUUAUACCUCUACUUCACAUGUUUUCCUUUUCCUUUUUUGCAUCAUAUUGAUGUGUUUUUAUAAAUGGCCUAGUUGACCUUAAAGCAAUCAAAAGUGUUAUUCUUUUUGUCUGAAAAAAGAGCCAGAUUAUGUUAAUGUACCUCUGAUGUAAUGCCUCAUACCACCGCAGUCUGAAAAGCAGAAUGAAAAAACAAACUGCCACUGGAUUACUGUAGGUUAGACCUGGGCAAAGUGCAAAGAAACUCUGUGGUAAAAAAAAACCCCGGCAGUAAUGGACAUGUAAAGGUUAUUUGACAAACAGUCUGUACACUUGAAAAAUGCUUAUGUGUCCACAAGUAAAGGGAAGGUGUUUGGAGAUAAUGAUGCCUUAACAAUGCAGACAUGUUGGUCCUCGAAGCUCUUUCUGGUUCCUGAUCCAUCAAUCAAGUACAACAUCCCAUCUGUGCAAAUGCUCCUGGCAAUUACUGACCCCCGACCCGGAUUGGGGUGAGAUAAUAAACGAUAUAAACCUGUUCCAGGAUCUGUCCCUACACUACAGCCUUCAACAAAGCAGCUCUUAGACUGAAAAUACAACAGAAUGCUAACAUGAUCUGCAAAAAAAGAAGGCCAUAUAUUGAAUGUACUGUACAGUAUUUGGCCCCAUGGAUUGUUUAAGCACGGGUCAUCUUUUGAAUGGUGGUCAAUAAACAUGUUAGCUCUCUUUCAAAUUGAG